CUUCCCCUGUCCUCCAGCCUUGUGUCUGUGAGCUCCCGUCUCUGCCUACCCAGCCGCUCUCUCUCUCGCUCUCUCUCUCUCUCUCACUGAGUCCCACACUCUCCAGCCACAAUGAAAAGCUCCAGGCAAAGUACAUACUCUGUGCGCUCCUCCACCCCCGGCGGGUCCUUCCAGCGCACCUCCGGCCCCGUCUACAGGGCCCCCACCAUCCACGGCGGGGCUGGCGGAACCCGCGUCAGCAUCUCCUCCAGCGUCCGCAGCGGGCUGGGAGCCGGCAUGGGGGCGGCGGGCUCUGGGAUGGGGGGCUUCUCUGGCAGCGUGCAGGUGAGCGGCAACAGCGGCGACAUCAUGGGCAACGAGAAGUUCGCCAUGCAGAACCUGAACGACCGGCUGGCCAACUACCUGGAGACGGUGAGGAACCUGGAGCAGGCCAACCACAAGCUGGAGAUCCAGAUCAAGGAGGCCUUGGAGAAGAGUGGGCCCGACUCCAGGGACUACAGCAAGUACCAGGCCGUCCUGGACGACCUGAGGAGAAAGGUGUUUGACUCCACCACCGACAACGCCCGCCUGAUUCUCAACAUCGACAACGCUCGCCUGGCAGCCGAUGACUUCAGGGUGAAGUUUGAGUCCGAGCUGGCCAUCCGCCAGUCCGUGGAGGCCGACAUCGUCGGUCUGAGGAAGCUCAUCGACGACACCAACAUGAGCCGCAUGAACCUGGAGAGCGAGAUCGAAACCCUGAAGGAGGAGCUCAUCCACCUCAAGAAGAACCACGAAAAUGAAGUCAGAGAGAUGCGUAACCAGAUCGCCCAGUCAGGAGUCACCGUGGAUGUCGACGCCCCUAAAGGACAUGACCUGGCUCAGAUCAUGACAGAAAUAAGGGCCAAGUACGAGAAGUCGGCUCUGCAGAACCAGGAAAAACUCAAAACAUGGCACGAAUCUCAGAUCACGGAAGUGCAGUCCGAGGUUAGCCAGAACACAGAGGCUCUGAAGGGGGCCCAGACGGAGGUAAACGACCUGCGCAGACAGGUGCAAACCAUGGAGAUCGAGCUGGAGUCACAGAGGAGCAUGAAAUCCUCUCUGGAGGGCACGCUGAGGGACACAGAGAUGCGCUACAACAUGGAGAUCGAGGCCCUCAACACCAUCCUCCUGGGGCUGGAGGCCGAGCUCACGCAGCUGCGCAAUAACAUCCAGCAGCAGACGCAGGAGUACCAGAGCCUGCUCAACCUCAAGAUGAAGCUGGAGGCGGAGAUCGCCACAUACAGGCGGCUGCUGGACGGGGAAGACUUCAUGCUCCAGGACGCUCUGGAGAACCAGAAGACAGUGAAGACCAAGGUGAUGACCGUCACACAGACCGUAGUGGACGGCAAGGUGGUGUCCUCCAGCACAGAAACCAAGAACCUUUGAAUCCCGGAAGCAACCGCCAUCGAUCCCCGUCACCCAAUCUUAACACUAACAUAUGAUUGGCCGAAAUAAAUCUCCUUUCUUCUUAGUCUCAGAGUCCUAACCGCUGAUGCUCAAUGUGUUUGACUUCGUGGGUAAUACAGCUGCUCCACAGACGAUGAAAUUAAACUGGAUCAGAGGGAGACUGAAUCAUCUUUUAUUUAUUUCAUCAUGAUUUAUUUAUGAGUUUGUGUCUUGACCCGCAGAUGCUUAACAAAAGUUCAGAAUUGGAGAGCUGUGAGAUUUACUUUUUUUUUUUUUCUUCCUCCCAUAGCGAAACUAAUUGAAGUGAUUGAAUAUUUCAAAGUAAUAACAGAGUCCAAAUGAAUACAAAACAUGUUUUAUACGUCAUCAUCUUUGGUUUUCCUUUGGUCCAGUUAUUAAGUCUGCCUGUUGUGCUGUGAUGUUCCCACAUAUCAAUAAAGUCCAUUUGAGAAAUGUA